UACGUCGUGAAUAUUUGAGUUCAAAGUAAAGUGAAAAAAUGCUUAAAUUUUGUCACAUAAUGGAAUUUUUCGAAAAAUUUAAAUUGAUAGAGGAAUUUCCAGAUGAGAGAACAAAUGAAUGGCAGACAGCAGUUUCCUUUCCGGUAUUUAUGGCAGUGAGUGUUGGUUACGUUUUAGCCUCCUACCUAUGCGUGAAACAUAUGAAAAAUCGUCCGGCCUAUUAUCUUGAUAAUUUCCUAAUUAUAUACCUUCUUACCAUGAUCUUCAUUUAUACGUAUAGUCUUUGGGAAUGUAUAAUUUGUACAAGGAAAUUGGGGUACAAAUUACUUUUCGAUGAAGACAAACGAAACAAUAGAUCACCAUUGGAGAUGCGACUCCUUAAUGUUGCUUGGUUGAUGUACCUUGCGAAAUUCUUCUCGUUGUUUUUGACAUUCAUCAGGAUACUGAAGAAAAGACAUCCAGCAAGGUUCAGUUAUUACAUUCCUGAGAUUUUCCAUCACUUGGGAGCAUUUUUGAUCGCCUGGGUUGAUCUCAAAUGGUAUCCAACUGGAGAAAAUUUUUGCUCUGCUGCUCCUCCUUUGCUACAUGUGGUACAUGAUAGUUUGUUACUUUUCAUUCUAUUCAUUUUGGGUUAAAGCUUUGAAUAUUUUUUAUUUUUUUGUGUUAAUUUUAUUUCAAUUUUAUAAUAC